AAAUUAAAUUGUAAACGUAAAACGUUCCAUUGUGAAUGAAACGAUAACCAUGAUACAAUCGUCCAGCUACGGCGCAAGUAUUGAUUAUCGCGGUAUCAAGUCGAAAGCCAGUCGAGAUAUAAUCUGAGACGCAAUAAGAUAAAAAAGUGAAUAUGUGGGGCAAGAAGUAGCUUUGAGUAUAUUCGUGUGUAUGAACAGUGAUAAAAUAAUGAACGAGGAAGGCGAAGGUAAGGGACCAAGGAAGGAAACAAUCGAGGGGAAGUUGAACGAUGGAUACACAAUUCGGGUGCUGACAUUGACGAGCGUUGUAUUAAUUGUAUUGUGCUCGAUUUUCUGUGCCCGUUCCUCGCCCGAGCGGGAUGUUUUGUCACCAUCGAUUGAUGAACAAAGGAUCGCGCCCCCUCAAAGGAGAAAAUUACGGGUGAUGACGUCGCAGCCAAACUGCACGAUGGAGGAGUACGUUUUGGAUACCUUACGUGAGAUAUCGUCUGAGCUUUAUUUACGGGCGGUUUCGUGCACGCCAGGGGAUGUUAAUGAUUUGCUCAAGCACACGGUGCUCCACGCGAAGAGGCCGGCGGAAGAGACGCGUGGUAAUUCCGUGAUUUAUAUAGCCGUUGGGCUGCUGUUGACGUCGCUGGUGGUGGCCUUCCUCGAUGUGUACAAGGUGAAAGGGAAGCCGUUGAAGAGCAAGCCGCAGCUGACGAAGAGGUGCUCGCUGGCCGACCUUACGGUGUUGAGGCACAGCAGGAGGGAGUCCAUGAAAAAGGAUUCGAUGGUGGAUGACCAUCGCGUCCCGCUGAAGCUACUGGGUGCCAGACCUCCGCCUGACAACAGGAGAUGUUCGGUACCAAUUCAAGCCGGCGACGUAAGCUACGGAAACAUCAGUCCUCGACGGGGUUCGAGGAAAUGUUCCUUGGACGAUGUCUGCCCCGACUACUCGUACACUCGAGUAAGGCUGAUGAGGCGCUUUUAAUUUCCACUCGCCGCUUUGGUGUUACAAUAAUUAUCUUAGCAGCAUUUAUUUCACAUAUCGUGUGUAAUUUUGUGAUGGCAGCUUUUUGCAAAAUUUUUUGAAACCUUUUUGAGCAUUUUAUACAAAAAAAAUUUGUACCUGAUAUGUACCUACAUUUUUUAAGUCUUAAAAAAUGUUUAAACUUAAUU